AUGGGGAUGGAAAUUGACGUAGACAUUGACAUUGGAAUUAAUGUUGAUGUUCAUGUUCACGUUCACGCUAACGUUGUAGUUGAUGUUUCUAUUGAUGUUAACGUUGAUGUUGACGAUCACAUUUUAUUUUACCAACAAGUUGAGGUUUAUGUUUAUGUUGAUGUUCACGUUGAUGUUGACAUUUAUGUGGAUGUUGGCAUUUAUGUUCACGUCGAUGUUUAUGUUGAUAUUCACAUUGACAUUCGCGUUCACGUUAACACUCUUGUUGACGUUGAUGUUUAUAUUUAUGUUGAUGUUUCUGUUACUGUGGACAUUUAUAUCUAUGCUGAUGCUGAUGUUGACAUUAACGUUCACUUUGAUGAUCACGUUCACGUUCAAGGUAACAUUUACAAUGACGUUCAUAUUGACAUUGAAAUUCAUAUUGUUGUCAAUUUUGACAUUGACAUUAAUGUUGUUGCUGAUGUUGACGGGGACGUAAAUGUUGACAUUGAUGAUGACGCUUACAUUGACAUAGACAUUGACAUUGAAAUUAAUCCUGAUGUUCACACUAACAUUGACGUGUACGUUGACAUUGACAUUGAUGUUAACAUUCACUCAUGCGUUCACAUAUACGUUAACAUUCAUUAUGAAAUUUAUGUUCACAUUAAGGUUGAAGUUUACAUUGACAUUGAUGUUGACAUUGACCUUGAUAUUGACAUUGAGGCUCACGUUCACAAUUACGUUGACACUGACUUUUACGUUUAUAUUGACGUUCAUAUUUAUGUAGAUGUUUUCAUUGACGUUGACAUUCACACUAAUUUUUACGUUUACGUUAAUGUUUAUUUUAACCAUGAUGUUAACGUUUACAUUUAA